AUGGGAAAGCGAGGUGGGAAGAAGGGUGGCCGCGGCCGCGGUGGCGGACGAGGUGGAGGACCGCGUCCUCGACCCGACAAUCGCGGCAGCAAGCAGGAUAUCAGUCGCUACAAUGACAAAUUCGAACAGUACUACAAUCAGCUUGGGAUAGUCUCAAAUGAAGAGAGAGUUGAUUUUUGGAAAGCGAUGCGAAGGGAUCUGCCUAACAGCUUCAGGUUCACCGGAUCUAAAGCACAUGCCUUGGCAGUCCAGCAGCGACUGCGAGACUAUUACAUCCCAGAGAUCACCUCGAUCACCUACGAAGGCCAAUAUGUUGACGCCCCUCGUCCCGUGGAGUGGUACCCCGAUCAGUUAGCGUGGUUCAUGACUACCCCGAAAAACGUUAUCCGUCGAUUUAAACCCUUUGCCACGUUUCAAAGAUUUCUUGUGGCGGAGACUGACGUUGGAAAUAUCACGCGGCAAGAGGUGGUUAGCAUGAUACCACCGUUGGUCAUGGAUUUGAAACCAGGCAUGACGGUGUUGGACCUGUGCGCUGCGCCGGGCAGUAAAUCUGCGCAGCUGCUCGAGAUGAUCCAUGCCGGCGAAGAGGAAAGAUGUAAACAGGUUGCUUCCAACAAUGCAAAUGGUUUGGAUAGACUGGAGGGCGAAGAUUACCAGGACGAUGGCCGGGCGACGGGUCUACUGGUCGCCAACGACGUUGACUAUAAGAGAGCUCACAUGCUGGUUCAUCAGAUGAAAAGGUUAAGCUCUCCUAACAUUGUCGUCACGAACCACGAUGCGACCAUCUUUCCUUCGAUCAAGAUCUCGUCACUUCCAACACCCGAAGGAAAGCCAGUGAGCAAUCGCUAUCUGAAGUUUGACCGCAUUCUUGCGGACGUUCCCUGCUCUGGGGACGGCACCGUGAGGAAGAACAUGGAGAUAUGGAAGAAUUGGACACCGAGUAACGGUCUGGGUCUCCAUGUCACGCAAGUCCGAAUUCUAGUUAGAGCCCUGCAAAUGCUCAAAGUUGGAGGUCGAGUUGUCUACUCGACAUGCAGCAUGAAUCCAGUUGAAGAUGAAGCCGUCCUCGCAGAAGCCAUCAACCGAUGUGGAGGUCCGCAGCUCGUUCAUAUCCUGGAAACAAAGGAUCUGCUUCCUGGUCUAAAACGCUCGCCCGGCCUCAAGCAAUGGAACGUCAUGGACAAGUCUGGUCGGAUCUGGAAGGACUACGAGUCUGUUCUAAAGCAACAAGCUGAGUUUGGCUAUGGAGGACUUGAAAAAUUAUCCGAGAGCAUGUUUCCUCCGAAGGAAAAUCUGCCUCUUGACCGAGCUAUGCGUGUCUAUCCUCACCAGCAAGAUACGGGGGCUUUUUUCAUCGCAAUUCUGGAGAAGAAGUCGGAGAUCAAGGCUAAACCGGAGGAGAAGCCCGCCACUGCUGUACAAGGGCCGUCAAAAAUUGACGUCGCCGAUUCCCCAAGCACGAAUAUCAAAUCUGAGAUUUUAGCAAUUGGCGGGGUGGAGAAGAAGAAUGAGAUGGUCCAUAGCGACUCGGAAUCCCCAAUGAAACGGAAACGCGAGGAUGGUGAAAAUGGAGCCAUUAAACCAAUCAAACGGAUUAAGAGCGAAGAUGGACUCAACAAUACAACCCCAUCCGCGACUAUUCAAAAUGAUCAGCCCUUAGCAGCCCCAGCCCCAGCACCACAACCUCAACGACAACAAUAUUCAAAAAAGAAAAACCGCGUCCAACCAUUCGAAGAACCGUUUAAAUAUCUCUCCCCCUCCCUCCCCGAACUCAAUCGAAUCCGCACCUUCUACAAUCUUUCACCACAAUUCCCCGACGAUCGCUACAUGGUCCGAAACCCCGAAGGCACACCCACCAAGAAUAUCUACUACACCAACAAACUCGCCAAGGAAAUUCUGCAGGAGAAUGAAGGGAAAGGGAUAAAGUUUGUACAUGCGGGCGUCAAGAUGUUCGUGAAACAGGAUGCACCGAGCCCGGAAGUGUGUCCGUGGAGGAUUCAAACAGACGGGUUAAGGAUGUUGGAAACAUGGGUUGGGCCCGAGAGGAUUGUUAAGUUGAAAAAGAAAGAGACGCUGCGGAGGUUGUUGAUCGAGAUGUUUCCUAGGUUCAAAGGCGAGGAAGGGGACAAGUUGGGCGAGGUGGGUGAACAGGUGCGAGGGAUGGGAAUGGGAUGUUGCGUGCUUAUUGUGGAGCCAAGCGAAACCGAUGCCGUCCAAGGAACGGGUACCGGUGGUGAUGGAGAAGAAGGCGAAGGGCUGGAGGAGAGAAUGGUCCUCCCGUUGUGGAAAUCUAUUCAUUCCCUGAAUCUCAUGUUGCCCAAGGAAGAGAGGAAGGCAAUGCUAUUGCGGUUGUUCAAUGACGAUUCGCCGUUGUUGAACAACAGUAAAGGCUGGCUUGAGGCGCAGAAGCAAGAGACCGUAACCAAGGCAGGUGGCGACAAGGACGGCGAGAAAAAUGACGCUGGCGGAGAUGGAGAGGCAGAGACGAUAGAUUUUGUCGACAAGCUCGACGAAUUCGUCGACAGGGAGAUGCGGGGGAAUAGCUCGUCACCUGAAGCCGAACCUGCGCAAUCUGAGCCUGUCAACGACAUCGACCACAUACGUGAUCUGGAAAUGCAAGACGAGGCGGCCGACGUCGAAAACGCCGGAGUGUCAGAUGACGACGAGGAAGACGGCGGAGUGGCGAUCUCUAAGAACGAAUCAUGA